UGUUGGUGUUUGUGUGUGUGCUGUAGAAAGCAGGCAGCAUGUGCAUGAACGUGUGAACACAUUUAGAAGUGAGGCUGCAGCUUUUUCAUUCUGAGAGGAAGUGCGUUUUCUCACUGGGAAGUAAAGACAUGAUGAUGAUGAUGACGAAGAUGAUAAAGAUGAUGAUGGGUGUCCCUCCGUCUCUGCGGGCUCAGGUGAGCCCCGGGCUCCAAACUGAGUGCUAGCCAUGCUGCGGCAGACGGACCCAACAUCCAGCACCUUGCAGCUGGUUGCCAGUGACAUGACCGAGAUCAUGGACAAUUUGGACACCCGUGAUCUUGCGUUUAGCGAUGGAGAUUAUGACACGACAGACAUCGGUGCACCUGCGGAGGCUUUGUCUUUUACCGCGACUUACAACACAGUCGGCUUCAAGGAAGCAGAGGCCAAAGUCUUCCUGUCCUCUCCGAUCACCGCCAGAAUCCUGGAGGUGGAGCGCUUCACCUCGGCUCAGGACCGCUUCAAUGUCACCACACAGAGGAGCGUCAGCAAGUCGAUGCCGGCUGUGUAUAAGAUUGAGAUGAGACACGGAGAGUUUACGUGGGUGGUGAAGAAGAAGGAGAAACACUUCAUUGAUCUCCACAGAGAGCUGAAGACAUACAAGGCCUUCAUGAAGAUCCCGCUGCCACGCAGUCACACAGUGAAGAGGAACAUGCCAUUGAUGAGCGAAGUGAGGGAGGUUCUGGAACUCCCCAGAGGAGGUGACGGAGAGCUGGACAGAGGAGUUUCCAGCCGCAGGAAACAACUGGAAGAUUACUUGAAUAAGGUUCUAAAGAUGCAGAUGUACAGGAACUACCAUGCUACGAUGGAGUUCAUUGAUGUUAGUCAGAUGUCCUUCAUCCACGACCUGGGACCAAAAGGACUAGAAGGAAUGGUGCUAAAGAGAUCUGGCGGCCAUCGGAUCCCGGGCAUGAACUGCUGCGGUCACAGCAAAAUGUGCUACCGUUGGUCCAAACGCUGGUUGGUGGUGAAGGACUCGUUCCUGCUGUACAUGAAGAUGGACUCUGGUGCCAUCUCCUUUGUGAUGCUGUUCGACAAAGAGUUCGGCAUCAAGAUGGACUCCAAAGACACGGAUACCAAACACGGCGUCCGUGUGGACAGUCUCUCCAGGUCUUUGGUGCUGAAGUGCAGCAGCUACCGACACGCCCGUUGGUGGGGUCAGUCUAUCGAAGGCUUCGUCCACAAGUAUGGCUCAGCCUUCCUCAAAGACCACCGCUUUGGAUCCUUCGCCAGAGAGGAAGUGAACAUCCCUGCCAAAUGGUAUGUGAACGGGAGAACUUACAUGGAGGAUGUUGCCAAUGCUCUCGAAGAGGCCAAAGAGGAAAUCUUCAUCACAGACUGGUGGUUGAGUCCAGAGAUCUUUCUGAAGAGGCCGGUCGUUGAAGGAAAUCGAUGGCGUCUUGACUGCAUAUUGAAACGCAAAGCGCAACAAGGAGUGCGUAUCUUUGUGAUGCUCUACAAAGAGGUGGAGUUGGCGCUGGGCAUCAACUCAGGAUACAGCAAGAGAACGCUGCUGCGCCUCCACAGCAACAUCAAGGUGAUGCGUCACCCAGACCACGUCUCCUCUGCUGUGUACCUGUGGGCGCAUCACGAGAAGAUCGUUGUCAUCGAUCAGUCGGUGGCCUUCGUGGGUGGGAUCGAUCUGGCGUACGGACGCUGGGAUGACAGAGAACACCGGCUCACGGACGUCGGGAGUGUGACGCUCUCUAACUUGGAGCAGGCUGCAGCUGCCCCUUCCAGCAUGGCUGCCCCAGCCAACAGCAGUGGCGCUGUUUCCCCAAACAACGGGAAGGGCAUCUUUACGGUGACGGACUCGAUGGACCAGCCCAGGCUGAAAAGUCACGGGAGGUUCAGGAGGACCAGGAUGAGCAUCAAGAGGCACCUGCAGAAACACGGGCUGGCCCACCAGGAUAGCGACAGCGACCUGGAGACUGAAGAGAGCAGUAAUCCAGUGCAAAGUCAGGCUUCAGGGGUUGGAGAGUUGUAUGGAAACACACGGUUCUGGCACGGGAAAGACUACUGCAACUUUGUGCACAAGGACUGGAUUCAGCUAGACAAACCUUUCGAUGAUUUCAUAGACAGGCAUAAAACUCCCAGAAUGCCUUGGCAUGACAUUGCCUCAGUGGUUCAUGGGAAAGCAGCUCGGGAUGUGGCCAGACACUUCAUCCAGCGGUGGAAUUUCACCAAGCUCAUGAAACCAAAGUACCGCUCGCUGUCGUACCCAUAUCUGCUGCCCAAGUCUCACACCACUGCCGGAGAACAGCAAUACCAAGUUCCCAACUGCAUCCCCACCAAAGUACAGAUCCUGCGCUCCGCCUCAGACUGGUCCGCUGGCAUCAAACACCACGAGGAGUCCAUUCACAACGCCUAUGUCCACGUCAUCAAGAACAGCCAGCACUUCAUCUACAUAGAGAAUCAGUUCUUCAUCAGCUGCGCCGACAACAGACACGUUUUCAACAAGAUAGGAGACACGAUUGCCAAGCGCAUCCUUCAAGCGUACAGGGAGGGUAAAAAGUAUCGUGUUUACGUGGUGACGCCGCUGCUGCCGGGCUUUGAAGGAGACAUCAACACGGGAGGAGGCAGCGCCAUCCAGGCGGUCAUGCACUUCAACUACAGGACCAUUAACAGAGGAGACUUCUCCAUCAUUUCCCAGCUCAAAAGAGAGAUGGGCGACAACUGGAUGAACUACAUCUCCAUCGGGGGCCUGAGGACUCACGCUGAGCUGGAGGGGAAGCUGGUCACCGAGCUCAUCUAUGUCCACAGCAAGAUGCUCAUCGCGGACGACAACACCGUCAUUAUUGGUUCUGCCAACAUCAACGACCGGAGCAUGCUGGGAAAGAGGGACAGCGAGGUGGCGGUGAUCAUGGAGGACUCGGAGACGGUGGACUCUGUGAUGGACGGGCAGCCGUACAAGGCGGGAAAAUACGCCCUGCAGCUCCGCCUCGAGUGCUUCAAGAUGAUCCUCGGCGCUCACACGGAUCCCUCCAUCAACGUUUCCGAUCCGAUCAGUGAUCAGUUCUACAAGGAGGUCUGGAUGACCACGAGCGCGGUCAACGCCUCCAUCUACCAGAAGGUUUUCCGCUGUCUGCCGUCCAGCGACGUCCAUAGCAUAUUGGAGCUGGAGGGCUACCUGGCCAAAUCGGGCCUGGACAAAGAGGACCCGGCUCGGGCUCAGGAGGAGCUGAAGAAGAUCCGCGGCUUCCUGGUUCAGUUUCCUCUUCAAUUCCUGUGCGACCAUAACCUGCUCCCACCCAUCGGCUCCAAGGAGGCUAUGGUGCCCAUGGAGGUCUGGACCUGA